CACACUCACAACAUGACUUACAAAGUACUUGCUCCUGCUCUUCUUACUAAAUCCAUCCUGCUGCUGGCAACCUUGGCCGCUGUUUCCUUAGCUGAAAAAGUCUCACGCGAGCACUACGAUCCUGAUCCCUACGACAAAGACCGCUACGAUCACGAUCCAUACGAUGAUGACCGCUACGAUGAUGAUCCCUACGACGAUAAAGGUCACCACGGAGGUUCCUCCUACCACGACUCACAUAACAAGAAACCGGACUACAACUUCCACUACAGAGUGAAGGACAAAUACUACAACGACUUCGGCCACUGGGAGGAGCGCAAAGGGUACGUCACCAAGGGCUGGUACGAUGUGGUGCUGCCUGACUAUCGCAGACAGGAGGUGCAUUACAUCGUAGACGGCAAGAAAGGCUACAAAGCCACGGUCACCUACACCCCCGUGAAGAAAGACAAGCAUCACAAGGGCGGCCACGGCCAUGGCUCCUACAAAGGUGACCCAUACAAGCCUGACUCAUACGAAGAUGACCCAUACAAGCCUGGCUCAUAUGAACAUGACCCAUACAAGCCAUACAGGCCAAGACCUUCAUACAAGCCAGACUCCCAUGAACACAGGUCAUAUGAGCCAAGGCCUUAUUACUAGCCUGUCGCCGCCAGCUGCAACCUGCCAGUAGCGCCGCCACGCAUAGCGGCGCCUCCUCUUCCCUACGCUUAUAAUGCUCACGUAGCAACCUGUGUUCAUGAUUUAUAAUAAAAAUAUUGUCAA